UUCGUUUGGUAUUUGGUCAGUUGCGUGAACACGAGCAUGACCGGUGAAUCGCGUUAGCUGUAAAUGAGAAACCUGGACCAUAUUGUCACCGGUUAUGUUCUAGAAUAUAAAUUACAAUUUGUCUCUCUUAAAACGUCCAACCUCAAACGAAACAUAAUAUAAUUUUAAAUGUUGAGUAAAAUUAACCUUAAAAAUAUAUUUGAUAUUUAAACCUGUUGUUUUAUUUAUAAAAGGCUUAGUGCUUGUUCUACAAGAGUUCUACUGAAUUAUGCAGGGAAGAUUUUAUACUUUGAUGAUACUGGAUUAGACUGAAGAAUGUAUUUGUGUUAGAAACUGAAAAAUCAUUCAAAAUGUCAAGUGUUGCAUGUGAAUUGUUGAAAGUUUCCUUUCGUGAUUGCUACAUGAAUUUGUGUAAUAUAUAAUCAAAAAUUAAAUUCGGUCUUAAUUAAUUACAGAAAUCGUUUUUAAGGAUGGACGAAUUUGGUUUGGAUGAGACGCUUUCAGAUGAAGAAAUGAUGACAGCAGCAGGAGUUCUCAAGUCACUGGAAGAAGCUUGGCUGAAUGAAAAGUUGAGUCCAGAGAUUCUUCCUCACAAGAUAGAACAGGUGGACUGUAUGAUGGAACAGAUCCACCACAUGGAGGAGAACUUGAAGAAAUUGGAUAAAAACGACUUUCGUGUCGGUUUACAUAAAUUGGAACUAGACAGAAUACGUUAUUUAAUAACAAGUUACCUUAGGACUCGAAUUGAUAAAAUAGAAACAUUCACCUUGAAGAUAUUGGAAGAUGAACAAUUGCGGGAGCCGAGUGAGAGAUAUCUAUCACAAGGUGAAAUGGCAUUUGCCAAGGAAUACAUAUCGAACAUGAACACUCACUUCAAGUCAUUAUUUGCAGGGAUGCCAGAGAGUUUACAAGAUUUACAUACAAAUCAGAUAAUGAUAAAGCCUAACCUGGAGAGUCAUUUAUUUGUUAAAGCUAAAGGUAGUGUCCAAGGUGUGAUUGUAGACGAUGGUGAAAACAGAGAAGAAGAAGUCAGCUUAGACGAAAACUCGCAACAUAUAUUGCCAUAUAAUGCAAUAUCCGAGUUUGUAAAGAAUGGCAAAGUUCAGUUGUUAUGAUGUUGCAUGAGUAUGGUUCAGUCCAAAGAUAAAGGAUCCAGUUUUGUGAUUAAAGUGUUUUCUUUUAUAUCA